AUGCCUGCUGAGCGUCGGACUUUCACCGCCGCCCGCCCGGUCAAGACGGAGCGGACCCACGAGGAAAACCAGGAGCGCGCUUACAUUGCAGCCUCGCGCCGCAGCGAUCGCAGCCUGGAGGCUCGCAUCGAGUCUGCGCGUAGAGCUUCUGAGAUCCACAAGAAGCGCACAGGCCGUGCUCUGCGUGUUACUGAGCAGGAUGUCAUCAACGAAGAAAUGUACGAAGAAGAAGACGAUGACUUACCCACCCAGUACCAGCGCCUCAACGCGCACCUGCACACGACGUCGGUCAUGUUCAACAAGAAGCUCCAUGACUACAUUGCCACCCAGCACGGCGUGCGAAACAUGUUCAUGUCGCAGUACCAGAACCAGAGCCCCACUUUUCCGCAGUUUGGGGCUCAGUUCCCAUCCACCGCCGGCGCUUUUCCACAGGCAAACAAUUGGCUGAGCCCCACCAUGCUGCCACCCCAGCAAUUCGCUCCUUCCUCCCCGCAAGGCUUCCAGCAGACUAAGUCCUUUAGCCCCACUACCACUCAGCCCCAGCAGGGUUAUCGGCAGUCCCCCUACCAUGUCCCUCAACGGACCCAGUCGCACCAGCGUGCCCUUUCGAUUCAGCUUCCCCAGGCCCCCUCGCAGUUUGAUCACUCAGCUCAGCCACCGAGCGCAACCGCCACGACUCCACAGACUGAUGCCAACCGUAGCAUGUCUCUGCCUCCUCAAGCCUUCCAGACCCAGAAUCAGUCUGCCGAGCAAUCCGCCCAACCAUCGCUGACGCACUCGCCUGCUACUCAGUCAUCUUCUCCCACCGAUGGCUCCGUCGCUGACGCUCAGCAGCCGACCAGCGACUCUACCAGUCCUUCUUCGUAUUCUUUCAGCCCAGCAAGCUACCCUUUUAAUUCUCAGGUCUUUGGCACCAAUCCCUUGACUUUGUCCAUGCCGCCCGAGUCGCAGCAAUUCCUCGGAUCAUUCCUGGACCCCAACGAUGCACGCACCGCUACGCUCAUGGCUGGUAGUGAGAAUCUGCCCCAGCCCUUUGCUCCCACCUACACCUACAAUCCUAACAAGGUGACGCGAACAUCGAAUGCCACAAACGUUUCCGAGAGUGCUCCCGCUUCCACCCAGACUCUAUCGUCUGGCCUGCACCUCAAGGUGGAAUCUCUAUCCGACGACUCAUCGGCGCUGCCCACUUCCAUUUCCGAGAGCUUCUACCCCACUGACGGUUUCCUCACUCCUGGAAACCCUGAUUACGAAUCAUUUUUUGACUUUCAAGGUGCUGGAUAUGCUCAAGCCUUUGACGACCACUCGGCCAACGACCAAGACAACGGUAACAGUCUGGUGAAUUGGGACGAGUAG